GGAAACGCCAGAUUCUCACGCAAUGUCGACGCAUUGUUGAGGUAUCUCUCUUCUGCUUCAUUGUAUUCGCUUUCAUGGCGCCGCGAGCCUCGUCAACAUGGCUUCUGCUGUUAGCGCUUUAUUCAUUCUGGGUUUCUCUGGCCCACGCGCUCUCCGGUCAGGAACCCCUCAAAGCCGCGACUGUGGAUGGGUAUAAGUUUGGUGAAAGUAUACCAGUGACAUGUUUGAAUAGGUCCAUAGAAACGGGUGAACAUAUUAUGGACGUGAAUGGCCAGCUGCAGUAUGUACCAUUUCCGGUAUGCAGUGAAACAGGACGACCGCUGGAGCUGUUCUUCGGCGUGGAGAAAGAGCUUAAUUGCACCCUAACGUCCAUCCCGGACCCUCUCUUCCACCUCCUCGAAUUCUACAUUCACAACGACGCCCCGCUAACCUGCCGCAUUCCCUCGCGUCCCCUUCCCGCCUCGCCAACAACCGCCUACAAAGUCUCCGACCAAUCCACCCAAGAAGGCGCUAUAGGGAGCCAAUCCACCCUCUACACACCCCUCAUCAUUGCGAUUUCAGGGACUCUCCAACUUUCGCACUUACACGUCGGCAACUACCUCAACCUGCUCGUCCACGCGGCCCCAAAGUCCAUAAGCCCGGGCACCAUCGACGCCGCAGCCGCCUACAGCAUUUCCAGCCACGCACGCAACACGCGCGUCACCAUCGGCGACGACCUCCCCCUGCAAUUCUCCGUCCGCUGGUAUCCGAGCACCACGUUACCGCCAGGGUGGUCCGGGUAUGGCGGGCACGUGUAUACGAGUACGUUGAUUUAUUGCAUUUUGUCGGCGGGGGCGAGUGCGGCCGUUUGCGUGGCGUAUUUUAGGGGAGUGGAGUUGCCGAGGCGGUUGAGGAGGUAUGCGAGGGAUAAGAUUGGGGGAGGAGUGGGAGCGGGAAGGUUUGGCGGUGGCUAUGGGCUGCCAACUUCAAAUGGGAACGGGUCUGGGUAUGGAGGGUAUGGGUAUGGCGUGGGUGGCUAUGGGUAUGGUGUUGGGAAGAAGGACUAGACCAGAGGGUGAUGUCCGCUGUUGGAUGGGGAUUAGGAGCAUGGGUUGAUUCUGGGAUAUCUGGUAGGAACCCAAGUCUGCAUUAUUGCAUGGCGAAGCAUGGCAAAACGUGGAUGUUGAUUCAUGCGCAACCAGGAACAGCAGCGGCACGAACGUGCGGCGAUUCGUAUUGUACAAUGCAAUUUACAAAUCUACACCCUGACC